AUGGCCAUGCGAUUCCGAUCGAUCCCGACGAUCGUUGUCUCGUCCCCGGCUGCCGUGAAACUCUUCUUGAAAACACAUGACCUAAAUUUCUCGGACAGGCCACACCAUGAGGCUUCGAGGUACCUUUGCUAUGAGCAGAGGAAUCUUGCAUUCGGAGAGUAUAGUCCGUUUUCGCGAGACAUGCGGAAACUUUGCACCGUGGAGCUAUUGACAUCUUCGAAGAUAAGCCAAUUUCAACCAAUGAGGGAACGACAGCUCGGCCUAUUGGUCGAUUCACUUAAACGGGGUUGCGGUGAAGUUGUCGAUAUGAGUAAAUAUGAUAAUAAAGAUCUUGACGAAAAAGAUUUUAAGAAAGUGAUGAAGGCGACAAUGGAGGAGGCCGGGGCUUUCAAUCUUGGCGACUACUUCCCGUACCUUCGGGGGAUCGAUCUCCAGGGAUCGGCCCGAAGGUUGAGGGAUCUUAGCAAGAUAUUUGAUGGGUUCUUGGAAAGUUAG